AUGCUUGCGGUACCAUCUGAGCGGUACGAGGUGGACCCCGAGCUGGCCAAGGCGCUGGAGAUCAUCUUCAUCCUGCACCUCGACCACGAGCAGAACGCAUCCACGUCCACCGUGCGCACGGCAGUGCCCUCUGACUUCAAGGACCAAACCGCCUUUCGCAGCAACCUGCUGUCGCGGCUCACGCUCGCGCCGCGCCUCGCCGCGCUGGCCGAGCGGCUGUCGGCCGGCUCGCUGCCUCACCAGCAGCCGCUGCCGCAGCGGCACCCAGGCGACCUUGACCCCUCCUGGUGCGACAGCCUGCCCCCGGUCGUCACCGUCGGUCUGGCUCUGGGCGCAGCGGCCCUGACCGCCUGCGGCGCGGCUGCCCUGGUGAUGGGCGGCUUGCGUGCCAGCAGGCCCUAG